AGUUAUUUUUUGAGCUUUUAAAUGCCAACUUGAGCUUAUAUUAAAAACAUGAUGUCGGAUUCAAUGGAAGGAGAAGAGCUACAGAUAUUGGAUGGUGAAAAGUACAAUAUAUCCGAGAGUAAAUACGGUUCAAGUCCAGAAGAACGAGAUGAAGAGAAAACGAACGACACAACGGAUAACACGGAAAAGAGCAAUAACGCUUUAGCUUCUAUGAAUAUGAUUAAUUCGAUUUUAGGAAGUGGGAUUAUUGGAAUGCCAUAUACGUUAAAGGAAGCAGGAAUAGGAUUAGGCAUCAUCUUUAUUUUGAUCAUGGGAGUCGUAACCGAUUAUACGUUAAAUCUUCUUAUAAUUGCUGCUCAAAAUUCCAAAGUUACCUCAUAUCAAGAUUUAAUGUUUUCUACAUAUGCUGCUGUUGCCAAUACCGUCAUCACAAGAAGAGAGUUUGUUAUCUUCUUAGGAACGAUAUUCUUAACGUUACCCUUAUCUUCAUACAGAAAUAUUCAUAAAUUAGGCAAGUGGUCAGCUAUAUCAAACUUAUUUAUUGUAUUUUUAUGCAUAUUUACUGCAAUUCGUCUCGGAACUAUGAACUCAAUCAUACCGUCUGCAAGUGACGAUUGGACGUUUGCCAAAGUAGAGGCCUUAAAAGCUAUAACGAUUAUGUCCCAUGCUUUUAUGUGUCAUCAUAAUGCGUUGCUUGUAUUUAAUUCAAUGAAGGAGCCUGGAACAGCUAGGUGGUCUUUGGUCGUUCAUCUUAGCGUUAUUAUUUCCGUAUUUUGUAUGCUGUCCUUGUCCAUAUUCGGAUAUUGCACGUUCAAAGGGUUUACGGAAGGAGAUCUCUUAAAUAAUUAUUGUUAUUCGGAUGAUUUUGCUAAUACCGCAAGAGUGGUUUUCACCUUAGUUGUCGGUUUAACCUAUCCAAUUGAAUGCUUUGUGACUAGAGAAGUUGCGGAAAUACUAAUUAGAAGAUUUUUUAAGAUACCUUCUGAUGCAAAAACUCCUCUUUUGCGUCACCUUAUCAUCACAUCGUUAAUCGUUAUUUCGGCCUUUGCUCUUUCAUUAACAACCGGAUGUCUAAAGAUCGUGCUCGAAAUCGAUGGUUGUCUUGCGGCUAUACCGCUCAUAUUUCUUUUGCCAACUUUGGCGUACGUAAAAUCUUCUGGACACCAACUUCUGAGCAAAAAUCAUAUUCUACCUGCAAUAGUAUUCUGUUUCGGACUAUUUGUCAUGAUAAUUUCUUUUAUUCAAAUUGUGCAAGAAAUCAUAGACGGUAUUAGAUGCCAAGCAGCAGGUGUCUCUGUCAACAGCAGUGAGAGCGGUUGCUUAGUGAUUCGCUUUCACCGUUUCGACCCAUUCAUUUCACAGUUUGAAAGUAUGUCUUAUAAUACAACGAAACGUCGAGGACCAAUUGCAGCCGAAUACAGCAGUCCUGGUCCUAUCUAUGCCCUGAAAAGUUUGGUCGGAAAUUACGAUCACGAUCCUAGGAGCUCCCACUUCAGGGGACCCGCGUACUCCUUCGGUGUAAGACACGGUAAAUGGAGAGACGACUCCGGACCUGGCCCUGCCUAUUAUCCAGAUCCAAAAAUAGAUCGAAAUGGUCGCGACGGGUCACCACAAUACAGUUUGUACGGGAGACCAAGUGAUAGGAGAGGCUAUACUGUACCCGGCCCUGGUGCCUAUUCUCCUGAACAUUCUGGACAGACAACGCAGCGUGCCCCCCCUGCUUAUAGCUUUGGUUUGAGACAUAGGGGAAGGCGAACGGACGAUAUUCCUGGUCCGAAUCACUAUAGCUUACCAACCCAAUUAGGGGGAGGCGUAGAAAGCACCAAAUCUAAGGCACCAAUUUACAGUCUUACUGGACGUAAUCAUAGAGGGGGCUUUCAUGAGGAUUUGUCUAAGGCACCAGGUCCGGGCGCUUAUAAAAUUACGGAUCCCGAUCUAUAUAAAUAUCGCGGACCUGUUUACAGCAUUACGGCGCGCAAUCAAUUACCGUCGGACGCUACUCGGAAGCCUGGUCCAGGAGCUCAUUCGCCCGAAAAGUUUUGGGUACAUAAAAAAGCUUCUCCUGCUGUUACAAUGGGAAUUCGCCAUAGUCCAUACAUUGGAGUUUUAACCGAAGUGGAGAAUUAA